UUAAUUAACGUUUGUGCGGUGUACUAAAAGCUAUAAACUUAUCUAAUUAUCCUUAAUUGUAAAAUGGAUGAUGGCAAUUGUUCCCAUGAUUUAGAACACUUAUCGGGGACAGCCAAUUUGACUGUAGCUGUUGAAAAACACAUUUUACUAACGUAUUCAGAUGUUUGUGCUAAAAUUAAAGAGCAUGAGUUGUUGGACACAGUGCAUUAUGUUGUAUCUCGCACUGGAAACAUGGAACAAAACUUUGAAGAACUCUUGAAGAAAAAUCACAGAGUGUUUUUUGAGGACAAUGAUUUCCCCUACUCUGGAGUUCCAUUCAUUUUUUCAGCGCAUACCUGUCUUGACUGUCAACAAGGAAUGGACAGGAAUAUUAAAGCGAAAGAAAAGUACAGAAAAAAGAAAAACGAUGCAGCACUCACUAGAGAUACAACAUGGUCAAGAAAUGAAAUGUCAAAAAAGCUCGAAUAG